AUGUCUCUCAACGAUUGGAAAAAUGAAAAAGCAAUGCUUGAAUAAAGAAAUCAAUUUCUAUAUAUGCAAAUUCAAGAGAUUAAAGAAAGAGAAGAACAUUAGAAGAAGUUUAAUGAUACUAUUAUGUAAGCAUGGAGUUAAGGGGAAGGAAGAACUAAUGUAAUUAGAUAAAAUUAAUUAUACUUUAGUGUAAAGUAUACAAAGAAAUCUAAAGUACUUUAGAAGAGUAUUCAAGAGAACUUAUAGAAGCUAAAAAGAAGAGUUCUAUUGCAAUGAUGAAAUUAGAAAAUGAAAAUACCGAACUGAAAUAUUAAAUCUAAUAAUUAGAAUCCAUUUAUCAAUAAAAAAACUAAUUGCAUUAAGAAAAGAUUGUGGAAUUGAAAAAAAAGAUUGAAUGUUAAACUAAUAAAGAAAAUGUUGGUGAUAAUUAAUUUGGAUGUAUUGUAAGUGUGAAAAGUAGAACUUGUAGUUAGAAUACAAGUAGAGAAAUAAACAAAUAAAGAUCAAAAUAUUCAAAUAAACCAGAAAUAUUGAAUUGUCGUAACUCUAAUGUUAUGGAAAUUAAUACUGAUUUCUUAAAAGAAUAUAGUACAUAAAUAGAAAGUGUUUCACCUUAAGAAAGAUAAAAUUUAGCUAUUUAAUUGAAAUAAUUAACUAAAGAAUUAAAAAUUACAAAAGUAAAAUAUAUAUAUAUAUAUAAAUUAGAAUGAAAUUGAAAAUACAAAUUUAUAAACAGCAAAUGAACUAAAAACUGAAAUCAAAUCUAUGUUAAAUAAAUUACUUAAAGCUAAAGGAAAGAUGACUGAAAGUAUUGUAGGAAGUGGAAAGGAAUCUGUACUUAUGUUAAGAGGAAGUUAAUAUAAACCAACUUUAGCUGAUUUUGCAAAAUAAUUAAAUGCUGUUAGAUCUAUUGAAACAUUUAAUAUUUUGAAUCCAGGAAAAGCAACAAACAAUUAUUGA